GUGGCUGAGAAGGUGAAGCGGUUUUUCUCCAAGUACUCCGCGAACAGGCACAAGAUGACCACGCUGACGCCCGCCUACCACGCUGAGAGCUACAGCCCGGACGACAACAGGUUCGACCUGCGGCCGUUCCUGUACAACACCCGCUGGCCCUGGCAGUUCCGGUGCAUAGACCGCCAGGUCCUGCGGCUGGAGGGCGCACCGCAGCCGGCCCUGGACGCUCCCGACUGACGGUGUGGGAUCCCGCCAGCUCUGCUGCACCGUCCACGCCUCCAGCCGCUUCAACGUGCAGGGCGAGGGCAGGGCUGGGGUCUGUUCACGCCAGGGCCUGGCUCAGGCAUCAAUAAAGCCAUCGCUCCUGA